AUGAGUUCGACAUUGGAGAUCUCCGUGCGUGACUCGCCGUUGGAGCAGUUCUUAGGCGGCAUUAUCUUCGACCUCUCCGACGUGCCGAUCUUUGUCCACGGCCUCGGCUGGGACACCACUCGCGAAGUCCUCGUCUCCGCCUUCGAGCCUUUCGGCGAGGUCGAGGACUCCAAUCUCGUCAUGGACAAACUCACCGGAAAAGCCAAAGGCUACGGCUUCGUCCUCUUCAAGACCCGCCGCGCUGCUCUCAAAGCCUUAAGGAAGCCCAGGAAGACCAUUGGCGGCCGCUGCGCCUCCUGCCAGCUCACCUCUGUCAGUCCCGGCACCAACACUAACACCAACGCUGCGGCGACGCCGUCUGAAUCAUAG